AUUCAAGGAGAGUCGCAAAAGUUUCAAAAUGAUAGGAGAUGCUGUAUAAAUAUAGAAAAAAAAAUAUGUGAAUUUCAUAAUAGGUGAAUAUGAUAAAUUUGAAUGCAGAUGUCGAUUUGAUGCCAAUAUAUUGAGCUAAUGGGCAAAGGUGUGCAUGGAAAGAAUAUCCUUAUAGUUUUUCGAAAAACUUUUCGCAAAACAAACGAUGUCUUAUUAUAAUGUCCAAGAUUUGAAUACAAAACUGUAUUAGAUAUAUCUGCAUAUCUGACAAUUAGAGAAUUCCACUUAUAGAAAACUUGGUGGUUAUGACUCACAUAUCUUCUAGUUAACUACAUUAGUAUAACCAUUAGAUACCUCAUGACAUACAAACACGUAUCAAUACAAUCCCACUUCCGACAACAGAGACUCGGUCUUUUUUUUUUGCGCUAUCGACGUAAUAGGCAUUGAGCAAAGAAGGAAUAUCCUAAAUGCUCAGUUCUAUUUGGACACCUCUAGUGGUUCCAAGUAUAUCUAAGACGCCCGAUUAUAGCUGUCCCUUUCAAUCUUUCUGUUUCUUGUGUUGAUCUAAGAUUCUAAGUCGCACCAACCAUGUUGUCAGAUAUGGAUGAAAUUCCCGUUAUGAAGUUCGGUGAUAUUACUCUCGAAAUAGAAUUACAGGACUUGUCUCCAGAAUUCCAAGAAAUUGCCAAGAAGGAGCUUAGAGAAACACCAGAGGUUGUGAAAGAGUCUGUGACAAAAUUACGAGAAUUGUUGCAAGAGGAAACCGAUUUACUUGUACCAUUCGACAAUGAUGCUUGGCUCAUUCGAUUCCUGCGUCCUUGCAAGUUUUAUCCAGAGAGUGCACGAAAUCUGAUCAAACAAUACUACAGUUUCAAAGUGAAACAUGCUGAUAUGUAUGAUGGUUUGGUACCUAGCAGGGAGACUAAUAUCUUCAAGGCUAAUAUACUCACAGUGUUGCCAAAUAGGGAUCAGUUGGGAAGAAGAAUUUUAGUUAUUGAAUUAGGAAAAAAAUGGGACCAUGGUAAAGUGUCUCUGGAUGAAGUAUUCAAAGGCUGCGUAUUAUUCUUGGAACUUGCCAUGUUAGAACCACAAUCCCAAGUAGCAGGGGCUGUAGUUAUCUUCGACAUGGAUGGUCUCAGUCUAGCCCAAACUACCAAAUUCACGCCAUCCUUUGCUAAGCGAAUCCUCGAUUGGUUACAGGAUAGCGUACCACUUAGAGUUAAGAACAUCCACAUUGUCAACCAGCCAUACAUAUUCAAGAUGGUCUUCGCACUUUUCAAACCCUUCUUGAAAGAGAAACUGAAAAAUAGAAUAAUCUUCCACGGUACUGACAGAAAAUCUCUCCAUAAAUACAUGGACCCAUCCGUCUUGCCAAAAAGCUAUGCCGGUACUAUAGUAGCACCAAGAGUAACUGGAGAACAAUGGCUCCAACUCCUCCUCAAAUGUGAUAAAGAAUAUGAAGCAAUCAACUCCUAUGGUUACAACAGGAAGUAAGAAGAUGAAUGAGCAAUUUUGAUAGUCAAUAAUUAAUAGUUUUAAAUAUUUUUAGUUUAUUCAUAGAAUGGUGAUGUAAAUGUAAUUUAUUUUUCUCUUUUACAUAGUUUUUCCUUUUUUUUGUAAAAAAUAAUAUGUAUAUUAUUAUAUAUAUUUCCAGAAUUAAUUGUUCAUAAUAAAACAGACAAAUUUUAUAAAAA